GGUUUGUAAAGUGCUGCUGUUUACUGACACUGAACAAUAUGAAAUCUGAAUUUUAUGUGAACAUUGACGAUCAUUUUCAGUAGAACAUUCGUGGCUGCGGUGAGACACAGAGACGAGCGGGUCGUAGUUGUUGUCCUGUGUGCUGUAACUUCCUGCAGUAACGUGUUAAUGAUUGACUCUCAGUAACCUCUGAUCCGCUCUCAGACUCGGCCUCGUCCUCAAUCACUGCUCCUGCUCCUGUUUUUACCCGUUUUUACUUCUUUUUCUUUUUUGGAAAUGAAGGCACGCAGACGGAGCUGCUGAUCUGAAACUGAUGUGAAACUUCCAGCACCAUGGCCGCUGUACUCAACUUUAUUCUAGUGCAGUUUAUUCUCAGUUUGGUGCUACAGAGUUCAGGAUUAAUGUCUGAUUAUAAAACGUGUGGAGACGACGCAUGCGCACGCCAGAUGUGCCGUGUUCAGGCGCUGAGAGAUCAUCACGCUCAGGACUGCAGGUUUCUCAGCUUUAAAAAAGGCGACAUGAUCGACGUUUACUACAAACUCACACGGAAAAGGAGCGACCUGUGGGCUGGAAGUACAGAUAAGCAGUUUGGUUAUUUUCCCAAAGAUGCUGUGAAAAUCGAUGAAGUUUUUGUUGAUGAGAAAAAGGAAAUCGAGAUGAGAACUCAGAAAACAGACUUCUUCUGUAUGGAUGCAUUCGGGACAAUAAUCGCGAGCGACGAAGAAUUCGAAGAUCAAAGUUCGGAGUUCGGAGAUCAAACUGCCGAGUCUGAAGAAUUAGGUAACAGUGAUUUUGAUGAUCGAGUCUCCAAAGCAUCCGAAACAAAUGACAAUGUCGAAACAAGGCACGUUGAUAACGAUAAUAAAGACAGAGGGAAACCAGAACAAAGCGGAUCUUCAUGGAUCAGAUCUGCUGUUAGCGGAUGGUUUGCUAACGAUCCUGAUAAAGCAGGAAAUGGAAAUAAAGAGCAGGAGAACUUUAAGAGCAGAAAACUGGCCUUGGACUUGGACCAGCUGGACGAGGAGGAGAGACAAACUGAACUUCUCGACUGGAUUGGAGAUGGACUGACCAACACUUUUGGAUUUGGGAAAAAAGAUUUACAUGCUAACGCCAAGGAUGAAACAGAGAAUGAUGAGGAUUUGCCUAAUGAACAGCCCAGUUACUUGCUGAGAAAUGGGAUAAAAAAUGUUUUACGUUUUGGAGGAGGAGACGCACCACGUUUUGAAACCAAGAAACCGAGUCAGGAUGAAAAUAUGCAAAAUCUAAGAGAACAGCAGGAAGCCACAAGUCUUAAAGCUGUAGACCCGGCUGAGACGAUCACUGAAAAUGAGAAAAUUGGUGACAAGAAGGAUGCAGGAUGGUACGACAGCGUCUAUAACAGAAUCACAAACUUUUAUGGAGAUCCUUCUGAUAAAAGUGAAGCUAGUAAAGAUGAAGGAAAAGAGAGUUUAAGCGAUCGAGGUGUAGACGUAGAUGAAGUCACGAUUUCCAAGGAUGAAAAAAAUCCAGAACCGAGAUCAGAAUCGUUUCUGAUUCAGGACUCGCAAAGUGACCGAAAUACAGCAAACCCAGACGAGAAACAGGAAGUGCCAAGCCAGGAUCACUCGGAUGAAACCAGUCAGGUCAGUGAAGGAUGGUACGGAAGCGUCUAUAACAGAAUUACAGGAUUUUAUGGAGACACUCCUGAUGGAAAUGAUGCUCCUGAUAAGAGCGAUGUUAUUGAAAACGUUAGAGGAGAUCCUCGGGUAACAUCUGAAACCGAGGACGUACCGUCAAGCCGAGACGAGCAGCUGGAAAAGAUUGAUCACACUGCUGAGAAAGCGAAUGAGAAUAAUAAUACAGGGUGGUACGACAGUGUCUACAGCAGAAUUACCAACGUGUAUGGAGAUACAUCUCAAAACAUCAAAAAUGAUGUUCCUGAAGUCAUGAAAGAUGUCGAGAGCCAAACACAGAGUGAAAACACCAAAGACACGUCGUCACCAUCCAUAUUUUCUAUGAAUGGCCUGUCAUCUGUGAUUGGCGGCCUGAGAUCGCCUUCCAAAGGAGCAGGAAGUGUAGAUGAAACCAAACUGAGUGAAUCGGUCACAUCAGAGCCGAGUCUGACGCAGUCUCAUGCCUCCGCUGAUCAAAGUGACACCAUGACAUUAAAGAGUGACGAUGAUGACACUGAGGAUUCAGGACUGAGUGAAAAAGAAAACACUGAUAACUAUAUGGGCAAUGACCAAAACCAGGAUACAUCACGGUCCAUAUUUUCAGUUGCUCGCCUAUCGAUGAUGAUUGAUGGCCUAAAAUCGCCAUUUAAGCCCAAGGAUCCUGGAGAUAAAGAAGAAAACGAUGGAGAAAAGACUCCAGACACAGGUAAGGAAGGACAGAGCGAUAACGAUGAUGAAAGCGAUAAUGAUGAUGAGCUUAGUGUUAGAUCGAUUAGUGAAAUAUCCACUCAGGGAGCUGCUUUGGGUAGCAAACAAGAAGAAGAAGAAGAAGUUGUGCAGGAAGUAAAUGUAGACUCUAAUAAGCAGGAUAUGGGUGGUGAUGGUGAAAAUAUCUCCACAGAUAUUAGUGCAAGUUUAAAUGAUAUACGUGUGGAUAUAGAGGAGUUAAAUGAUCAAUCUGAUGCGGGUUCGGCUCGUAUUUCCACGGGCCACAGUAAGAACAUGACGUCAGUGCUUCAUACUGAUGAGACUGAGGCACUAACAGAGGAACCGGGUUGGACUGAGUUAGCCGAACACAUUGCAGACACAUCAAAAAGCCGUGAAGCUGACGCAAAUACAAACAACGUUAAUAAAAGCAUUCCUGGGAAAUUUAGAGAUAUUCCUGGUGAAGAAGACCCACAGUCUGAGAGUGAGACUGGAUCAGAUUCAGGUCUUCAGGUCAGGACAGAUCUUUUAGAGAACAACUCUGAGACUGUAGAUGAAUCUGAUGAAGCUCAGGAUGAAGGUGAAGCAGCAGACGUGUUACUUGAGACAGAAGAGGCAGGUAUGAAGGUGAUGAGAAGUGAGGCGGCGCAAACCAUUUCUACAGAGUCUAACGAUGAGAAACACGGUGUAGAUGUUAUUCAGAUGGAGUAUGGUGGAGAAAAGGAAAGUGGUGAUGCGACACAAAUAGAGUAUGGUGAAGAAAACAACAGUGUGGACAUUACUCGAAUGGAGUAUGAUGAAGAAAGAGAAAGUGGUGACAUUAUUGAAAUGGAGCAUCAUGGAAAAAAAGAAGGCGCUGACGUUACUCAAAUGGAGUCUGGUGGAGAAAAUGAAGCCAUAGAUGCUACUCAAAUGGAAACUGAUGGAGAAAAGGAAAAUUUAGACAUUACUCAAAUGGAGACUGUUGAAGAAAAUGAAGGUGGAGUUACUCAAGUGGAGUAUUCUGGAGCACGAGAAGAUGUAGAUGGCGCUCAAAUGGAGUCUGGUAGAGAAAAUAAAAGUAAAGACAUUACUCAAGUGGAAUAUUCUGGAGGAAAGGAUGAAGUAGACACUACUCCAAUGGAGUCUGGUGGAGACAAAAGUGGUGAGGUUACUCAAGUGAAGUAUGCUGGAGGACACGAAGGUGUAGAAAUUACUCAAAUCGAGACUGAUGGAGAAAAAGAACGUGUAAACAUUACUCAAAUGGAGUAUGGUGGAGAAAAAGGAGGAGAUAGUACUCAAGUAGCAUCUGAUGGCGAGAAAAACGGCGUCAACUUUACUCAAAAAGAGUCUGGUGGAGACAAAGAAGGUGUAGACCUUAUUCAGAAAGAACAGCUGAGUGUAUACACUGCACAUGGUUUAGAAAACACUUACAGCAUCUCUGAGACCAAACAGAACCUGGAGAUUGAUUCUGAUGAUUCCAGAGAGUCUGAGAAAUGUGAAAGUGCUGUGGAAAAACAGGCUGAAAUCACACCGAAGAACGAACGAGAUAAAAUCCCAUCAACAGACGGCUCUACUGAAAGUUCCAGUACGUCUGAUGGAGAUCAAAAUGAUCAUGUCAGCAAAAAAAACGGAGAUAAAACGGUGGACGUUAAACGCCACAAAGCACGUAUGUCAGCUCAGACACAAAAACGUACAUAUCCCAACUUACAAGCUCAUCUCAGUGAGGAGGACAUACAGGAUCUUCUGAAGUUCUUCAGUGGAGAAACGUUAUCACGGCUGGAUUUCAUCAUCAGACACUCUGAAUAUAUUACCAGUGAACAGCUUGCUGAGCUUCAUGACUUUGAACAAACACUGGAACAUCUUCUGAAAACCAGAAAUCAAGAAAUCAAGCCAUCGCUACAAACCAUACGCACUGUCUUAGCGAACCUAAGGAAGACGUUUAUACCCAUGAUAGCAGAUGGCAGUGUAGAUAAAAGCCCAGAUCCGAGUCGGACCGAGUGUGUUAGUGAAACAUGUGUGAGUACAACCGAGAACACGCCAAUCUCUGAACAAGACAUGGGACAGGACAACAAUAUGGACAACAAUACGGACAACAGCUCCAGUAUAAAUGACUCGGACAGCUUAAUGAGUAAAUCACUCUCUAAUGACCAAGAAGUCGUCACUGACAAGAGUCAAAUAUUAGACGACGAAGACCAGAAAUCUACUCUUCAUCCGGACACCAACAUUAUCACAGAAGAGUUUCUGGAACCUGAAGAAUCCCAAAACGAAGGAGUUCUGCAUCUAUAUACGAUUUUUGUUGCUGAAUUCACAAGCACUGUGUUCACGUACAUGGUGAAGGAAAGUGAACGUGUGAAACAAGCCAUAUUUAAGGUCGUGAUGUCACUUCCUGACGAUAUCCGACCCGGUCCUGAUCUUUACGGGUUGCCGUGGGAAGCCGUGAUCUUCACCGCCACGUUAGGUUUAUUCACCUUCCUGCUCUUCACCUGCCGAUUCGUCCAAGCAAUUAAGAGCAGAUUAUACUGCAGUAAAGAGAGGAGGAUGGGACAGAAAGUGGCAGAGCUUCUGGAGGAGAAGUGUAAGGUUCUGGAGACGCUCAGCGAGUGCGAACACAAGUUUAAGAAGCUGGAGACUGUGCUGCAGAAUGGUGGACUUUCAGCUCAGGAUUCAGAGAGAGAAGAUUUGGAGGCCAUGUCGAAGAAGCUGGAGGAGGCGAAUGCGCAGAUGAAGAGUGAUAUGGAGAAAAUGCAGGAGGAACUCGACAUGCAGGACCAGCUCAGGAAACGGCAGGAAGAGCAGCUCACAAAACUGGAAGAGAUGUUAAAAAAACUAGAGGAGGAGGCCAUGGAGCACAAAUCGCAGCUAGAACAGGAUAAAACGACUCUGAAAAUCCACGAGAUGAACACCGAGAGACUGCAGAAGAAACUCCAGGAAGUUAAAGAGGAGAACAGCAUGCUACUGGAGAGCAAAGCACAGCUGGAGCAGGAGGCGGAGGGAUGGAAGGAACGACUGAGCGAGCUGGAGGAAGAGAAGAGGAUGAGCGAGACGUCACACGACGGAAUGAUGGAGAACUGCUUGAAUAAAGACGAGCGCAUAAAGUCUCUAACAGAGUGUCUGUUGAAGAUGAGAGAUUGGGACUCGGAGGAGGAGAGCGCUGCGAACGACACGAGCGGAUCAGAGAACAAAAACUCCUCCGAUCUCAGGCAGAAACAGAAAGUGCAGAAACUGAUCAGUGCGGCGAAGAUGAGUGCAGAUUUGAAGGCCAUGGAGGAGGACAAGGGCCGAGUGUUCGCCAAACUCACGGAUGAAAUCAAAGCCAAGGAAGAUCUUCAAGCGAGUCUUGAGCAGCUGCAGCACGAGAAAGAAUCUCUGGAGUCGGAGAGCUCCAUGUACUCCAGUGAAAUCGAGAAACUGCAGCACAAACUGCAGAUCAUGUCCGAGAUGUAUCAGGAGAACGAACUCAAACUGCACAGGAUGCUAACGGUGGAGGAGAAGGAGCGCUCACAGAAAGAAGAGCAGCUCAACAAAGCUGGGAAGAAGAUCAGCCUGGCUACAGAUGAACUCAACUCUUACAGACAAAGAUCCAAAGAGCUGGAGGAGGAGCUGGAGAAGACCAAUCAGGCCUACAGAAACCAGAUUGCUGCACAUGAGAAAAAGGCUCAUGAUAACUGGCUGGCUGCCCGAGCUGCAGAUCGAGACCUCACUGACGUGAAGAGAGAAAACUCAGUGUUGCGCCAGAGAUUAACGGACUGGCAGUUUAAACUGGAGCUGAUGGAGAAAAAUCCACAGGCUCGUGCACCGCAGUUUAGAGUUAAUCCUCCAGGUGAAAGAUCUCCGUUCGGUCCGUCUCCACUCGGUCGCCCACCCUCAGAAACUCGGCCCUUCCUGUCCCCCCCGACGCUGAUGGACGGGCCUCCCAGAGUCUCUCCACAGUUUCCCAUGAUGCCUGGCGGCAGAGUGCCCCCUGGUGGUGUGGAAGGUGACAGGAGCAUUUCUUACUCUGAAAGUGGCUCCCCCACAUGGGAGAGAGAAAGAGAGAGAGAGCGCAGGAGUCUCGGCCCACCAGGUCCAGAUCCGGGACUCAUGUACAGAAGACCUCUCUCGGCCCCGUUCCUGCGAGCGCCGCUUCCUCCUGAAGCCUACUACAACGAGAAAUCGGAUUCAGCGUUCGGGGGAGAGGGUGCUGGCUUUAGAGAAAACGGGAUCCGCGACAGUGGACGCACGAUGCCUGGUGCUGAUAUAAGGCCAGGGCCACUUCCUCCUCCUUCUUUUCCUCCAUUUGACCCCCGAGACCCUCAUUUUCCUCGUCGAGGUUACCGUCCCGACUUCUUCCGUCCUCCUCUGGCCAUGCGAGGACCUCCUCCUCCUCUUCCUCCUGGAGUUUUUCCCAGAAUUCCACUUCCUCCCCGCAUGGCAUUUCCACCAAUGAGACCUCUGGCUGAUCAUGUUUCAUCCGAACCUCCAUCCAGACCUUCACCUCCAGGCAGUGAGCAGCCUCCUGAGCAACUUCCAUCUGCACACGAUGUCAUUUGAUCCCUUGCUCUAUCUGUCAGUUUUCCUCCUUCUACCCUAUCUCCAUUGUGUGUCCCUGUUUAAUGCACCAUUUCUGACUUCCCCUAAAAAAUGUGUAUCACCCCUAUGUCACACAGCGAGGAGAGGUGCGUGUGUAACAUGCAAUGACUUCUGGGUCAUUUCUGCUGAUGUCGGCUCGAUCUCUCAGUACUAGAAAUGCUCACUCGACAGCGACGUGGGAUUCAAUCUGAAUUUAUCUUUGGGAGGGAAUUGAACAGGGGUGCAUUGUGUCACUUCCUGUUCCUAUAUUCAAGGGCUGACUUUGUUGUCAUGUGACUUCUUUGUGUCAUCACAUUUCAUUUUUUGAAUUUUUUUUACUGUAAUAAAGAAUUGACACCAGGACGAAGCUAUUUAAACAGAUUUCAUUUCUGGUACAUGGCUUUCUCCAGUGUGCUGAUGGUGGUGUAGAUAUGGAGUAGAUGUUUUGUCUUUUAUGAAGCCACAUAGGACUCACAGGUCUUCAUGCUUGUUGUAGUCAUAUUUAAUAAUUUUUACUUAUAAAUAAUUAGAUGAAAAUUAUGUGUAAAUACUGCAUUACGGUAUUGUGAAUAAUGUGUACAUACACAGAAUGUAGUGAAUUUUGAGAAACAUAAUGUGAUGGUGCAGAACCAUCCCUGUAGUUUGCAGUAUUUAUAGAGCGGAUGCUUUAUCACAGAAAUGCAAACGAGAACAUUAAUAAAAAUUGUCCUUCUUUGAACAGUGUGUCUAAAUUUGUUCCCUACUUGCCAAAUACUUGAUUUGUAUCAGAUGUAUGCUGAAAAUGUUGUAGAAAAUUAUCUCCAAUCUAAGUCAAAAACAUGUUCGACAAGGGGUUGUAGAUGUCAAAAGCAACCAAACUUUAUUUAAGCAAUAAAGUUGAGAUGUCUGCAGACAAUCUGAAUUCGUGCAACAUAACAUGGGUCUUUUAUACUAUUCUGAUGUGUGCUCAUUUUAGGUGAGGUUUUUACCACAAUUAAUGACUCCUGU